AUGGGGCGCCCGAGCGCCUGCGCCGCGCUCUGCCUGCUGCUGGCCGCCGCCGCCCCGCCGUGCCGGCCGCAGACCCCGGAGAGACCUGUUUUCACAUGUGGCGGCAUUCUUACUGGAGAGUCUGGAUUUAUUGGCAGCGAAGGCUUUCCUGGAGUGUACCCUCCGAAUAGCAAGUGUACUUGGAAAAUCACAGUCCCCGAGGGCAAAGUAGUUGUUCUCAAUUUCCGAUUCCUAGACCUUGAGAGUGACAACCUGUGUCGCUAUGACUUUGUGGACGUGUACAAUGGCCAUGCCAACGGUCAGCGCCUUGGGCGCUUCUGCGGCACAUUCCGACCCGGAGCACUUGUGGCCAGUGGCAACAAGAUGAUGGUCCAGAUGAUCUCUGACGCGAACACCGCGGGCAAUGGCUUUAUGGCCACGUUCUCUGCUGCUGCACCAGAUGAAAGAGGAGACCGCUAUUGUGGAGGACGCCUUGAAAGACCUUCGGGCUCUUUGAAAACACCCAACUGGCCAGACCGAGAUUACCCGGUAGGAGUCACUUGUGUGUGGCACAUCGUAGCCCCAAAGAACCAGCUUAUAGAACUAAAGUUUGAGAAGUUUGAUGUGGAGCGUGACAACUACUGUCGCUAUGACUAUGUGGCCGUGUUUAAUGGUGGGGAAGUCAAUGACGCUAAGAGGAUCGGGAAAUAUUGUGGUGACAGUCCACCUGUGCCAAUUGUAUCUGAGAAAAAUGAACUUCUUAUUCAGUUUUUAUCAGACUUAAGCUUAACUGCAGAUGGAUUUAUUGGUCACUACAAAUUCAGACCCAAAAAAUUACCCACAACUACAGCUAUGCCUGUUACCACUACAGUCCCUGUGACUACAGGUUUAAAGCCCACUGUGGCCCUGUGUCAACAAAAGUGUAGACGGAGGGGGACUCUGGAGAGCAAUUACUGUUCGAGCAACUUUGCGUUGGCCGGCACAGUCAUCACAACCGUCACUCGGGGUGGGAGUCUGCAUGCCACAGUCUCAAUCAUCAACAUCUACAAAGAGGGCACUCUGGCAAUCCAGCAGGCUGGCAAGAACAUGAGUGCCAAGAUCAUUGUGGUCUGCAAGCAGUGCCCUCUUGUCAGAAGAGGCCUAAAUUACAUUAUUAUGGGUCAAGUGGGUGAAGAUGGGAGAGGCAAAAUCAUGCCGAACAGCUUUAUCAAGACGUUCAAGCACAAGAACCAAAAGCUUCUGAGCGCCUUAAAAAGCAAGCAGUGUUAACUCUGCGCCGUGCCCUCUUCAAAGCCGCCUUAAAGAUCUACUUUAGGAGGAAGAACUCAUGCAGUUUAAUGUUGAGUGCUCCAGAGACGGUAGGUGCUGAUGGAGGAAGUUCUGAGCAGGUGCUGAGAGGAGACAAUAUCUGGAAACCCACCAGCCCAGCAGUGGUGGGAAACCAGUAGUAUUGAGCAUUGGCCACUUGGAGUUUAUUUAUACAUCUCUGUAAAAGGGUAUUUUAGAAUUGAGUUGUAUGAAGGAUACAAAAAAAAAAGAGAGAUUUUAUAAGUAUACUAUUUAUAGUGACAUUUGUUUUACCUUUAAGCAUUUGCUAAGGUGUUACAUUCUUCUCUUGCCUUUUUAAAAUCAAUGCUUAUUAAAAUGUUUUGAAAUUAAAA